UUUUUUCCUGCGGUCGGAAUCGUUCACAUAAGCUUUAUCAUUCUAGCCAUAUCUGAUAAUCAAAAGAAUUCUUGCAUUUAAAAUAAGAAAUUCCAGCUCCAGAUUCUUACAGUAGUUGGAAAAAAGAUGAAGUUCGGGAAAGAAUACGUUUCGCAAAUGAUCCCAGAAUGGCAACAAGCGUACAUGGAUUACGCUUAUCUCAAGACCAUUCUCAAAGACAUUGAAGCUUCCAGGCAAAGAUCUGACAAACCUCAGGCCGCUGCCUUGAGACGCAAGUUAUCUAUGCGCCGAGCUUUCAGCGGCUUAACGAAGAGGUACAGCUUCAACGUGUCGGCCAUAGAUUCCGACAGUCCAGACGUUAUGGUUAGCGCCGUGACUCGAGAAGACGGGACAGAUUCCAUCGAGACGACAUUCUUGAAAGCUGCAGAGGCAGGAGGAGAUACUGAGCUGAUGUUCUUUAGAACCCUAGAUCGUGAGUUCAACAAGGUGAAUGACUUUUACCGGUCGAAAGUGGAGGAGAUCGUGAAGGAGGCUGUGGCUCUGAACAAACAAAUGGAUGCUUUCAUUGCUUUCAGGGUCAAAGUCGAGAAACCCUCUUCUUCUUGGAACUUCACAGAGUCUGUUUCAGUCGAUAUGAAUGCCUUAGCUUCCGAGGGCUCUGCUUCACAGUCACACAGAAGGACACUAGCUGAUCAGAUGGGCUCAAAAGUGGAAGAUACUGCCCAUGAGCGACGCAGUAAUGAUACCGAAAACGGGACCCUACCUUCCCUCGACGAGAAUGUUAUGUCUGAUCAGACACCUGAGGGGUUUAAGCGUGAAAGGGAAUCGCCAAUGGAUGUUCUUGGCCAUAUCACCCUGAACAAUACACUGGAAACUCCUCAGUCCACCAUCAGGAACAUCCUCAAGGUCACUAAGCAGGAAGAGCUCAAGUUCACCAGAGAGAAUCUGAAGAAGAUCGAGGAACGACUCAGACAAGUUCUCAUUGAGUUCUAUCACAAGCUUCGGAUAACGAAGAAUUUCAGCUUCUUGAACACCUUGGCUUUCUCGAAGAUCAUGAAGAAGUAUGAUAAGGUACUUACAGCAGUGACUCGAGUGGCAAAACCAGUUUUGGAGACUUAUCAACUCUUUCUCUUCUUUCAGGUUGCUUCAAGAAAUGCAGCUAAACCGUUCUUGGAAAUGGUGGAUAGCUCCUAUCUCACAAGCUCUGAUGAGAUUAACAACCUUAUGUUGAGAGUGGAAUCUACCUUCGUGGAGCAUUUCGCCAAUGGAAACCGGAGCAAAGGAAUGAGCCUCCUAAGACCAAAAGUGAAAAAAGAACAACACCGGAUAACAUUUUCCACUGGCUUUUUGGCUGGAUGCACUGUCUCCCUCAUUAUAGCUCUUGCUCUGAUCAUCCAUGUCCGUAACAUCACGGGCAAAGAAGGGCAGAAACUCUACAUGGAAACGAUGUUCCCACUUUACAGCUUGUUCGGGUUCGUGGUUCUGCACAUGAUCAUGUACGCUGCUAAUAUAUAUUUCUGGAGGAGAUACCGAGUGAAUUACCCCUUCAUAUUUGGAUUCAAGGAAGGCACUGAACUGGGUUUCAGCCAAGUUCUCCUCUUCAGUUUUGGUCUUGGUACACUAGCUCUGUCUUCUGUGCUGUUAAACCUUGAUAUGGAAAUGGACCCCAAAACAAAUGACUACAAGACCAUCACUGAGCUUCUUCCUCUUUUUCUGGUCAUUAUUCUGAUCGCUGUUGCUCUCUGUCCAUUCAACAUCUUUUACCGAUCAAGCCGGUUCUUUUUCCUUGCCAUUUUGUUUCGAUGCGUGGCCGCACCACUUUACAAGGUGAAUCUUCCAGAUUUCUUCUUGGCAGACCAAUUAACAAGCCAGGUCCAAGCACUGAGGAGUCUAGAGUUCUAUAUCUGCUACUAUGGUUGGGGAGACUUUAGGCUCAGACAAAACACAUGCAGAUCGAGCGAUGUAUACAAAACAUUCUACUUCAUUGUAGCAGUCACUCCUUACUGGUCUCGCCUUCUCCAGUGUCUUAGAAGAUUAAUCGAAGAGAGAGAUUCAAGACAAGGGUUGAAUGCUCUCAAGUAUUUCCUGACCAUCCUCGCCGUUUGCGUAAGAACAGCUUAUAGCCUUGACAAAGGAAUCAAAUGGAAAGUCACUGCUUGGGUGUUUUCAGCCAUUGCUACCUUUUAUGGCACUUACUGGGACAUUGUUGUUGAUUGGGGAUUACUUCAGAGAGGAAGCAGAAACAGCUGGUUGAGAGAGAAGCUUCUCAUUCCUCACAAGAGUGUGUAUUUCAUUGCCAUGGUAAGCAAUGACAAUGGAAAAUCCCUGAUUGAGCCAAAACGCGUUCCGGUUUCAGUUCCUUUAAAACGUGUUUUUUUCCCUUUCUUGCAGGUGUUGAAUGUUGUGUUGAGGUUCGUAUGGUUACAGACAGUGCUGGAUUUCAGGUUCUCGUUCUUACACCGAGAAACUAUGAUUGCCCUUCUCGCCAGCCUCGAGAUUGUACGCCGAGGCAUUUGGAACUUCUUCAGGCUGGAGAACGAGCACCUGAAUAACGUUGGGAGGUACCGAGCAUUCAAGUCAGUACCAUUACCAUUCAACUACGACGAAGAUAAAGACUCAUAAGUAUAAUCGCAGCAUGAAGAUACUCCUCACCAGAUUUUGCCAAAGGCAGAUGAGUUCCAGUUUCUUCAAUCGUUCAUCAAUAGCUUCUCAGGCCUUUGAUGUGAAGCAAUAGGUUUUAGAACGAGGUUUUAGUUUUCAUGGUGAUGGAAAAAAAGCUUUGCCAUUCUCUUCCAUGCUCUUCAAUAAAAUGGAACCGUUCUUCUU